CUCUCUUAAUUUUUAAUCUUAAAAACAACCCCUUAGAAAAAUAAAAAAUUAAAAAUAAAAAAUUAAUUGCACAUGCAUAAGUACAAAGAAAAUGUAUGUGACCCCAUGUUCAUGACAUAAAGCUCUCACCUUUCUUUAUUCCAUUCUUUCAAAUCUCUCAAUAUUUUUCUGUUCACUUUUUUGUGUUGCUUGCCUUGUAAUUCAACUACCCAUUUGAUAAAAAUUCAAUCUUUUGUUUUUUCUCUCCUUUGAAGGGAAAAUCUUUGGAUUGAAAUCUGGCCAAGAUCUUGUUUUGUGGGGUGUGUAGAUUUGUUUGGUAGGACUGGUUAUUAAUUUCAACACGCACAAAGCUCAAAUUCAUUUAUCUCCCUCAAAACACAAAGCUUUCUUGAUUUCUUUCUUUCUUUCUUUCUUAGUUCAUCAUCUUCUUGUUCCUCUGCAAAUUUUCUAUUUUAAAUUGAAAAAUUAAGUAGAUUUGUGAAAACAAAAACAAUAUGGGGAUGGCAGCUGCAGAAGCUCAGUUUCAUGUGUUGGCUGUUGAUGAUAGUUUGAUUGACAGAAAAUUGAUUGAGAGGCUUCUCAAGACCUCUUCUUAUCAAGUUACUACAGUUGAUUCUGGUAGCAAAGCUUUGGAAUUUCUUGGUGAAUCUUGUGAUUCUCCCAAAAAUCAACAAGAAAUUGAAGUGAAUCUUGUUAUUACAGACUAUUGUAUGCCAGGGAUGACAGGCUAUGAUUUGCUCAAGAAAAUGAAGGAAUCUUCAUUUUUGAGAGACAUACCAGUAGUCAUCAUGUCUUCAGAAAAUGUCCCCUCAAGAAUAAAUAGAUGCUUGGAAGAAGGGGCAGAGGAGUUUUUUCUAAAGCCAGUUAGAUUAUCUGAUGUGAGUAAGCUGAGGCCCCAUAUGGUGAAAGCCCAAAGCUGCAAGGAGUUUCAAAAGCCUGAAAAAGAAGAAAAGCAAGAGAAUACAGAAUCAUCUGAAGCCCAAAUAGAGAGCCCACCACAAAUGCUACAGCCCAAUAAUAAUAGUAACAGCAACAAGAGGAAGUCCAUAGAUGAUGAUGGGCCUUCACCAGACAAGACUAGGCCCAAACACAAUGGCUACACUGUCAAGUCCAAUUAACUACUACCAAUAUUAAUAAGUUUUAGCUUCUUUUUUUUUUAAUUACAUUUUAUCUUUUCUUUUUUGGUCCUAAUUUAAGACUAUUACCUUUUUCUUUUAUAUGUACAGUGAUUAAAAAAUGAGUGGGUUUGGCGGAAUUAUUAGGUGUUUAAUCAUUUCAUGGUUGACUCUAAGCCGUGUACACAAUUUUAAUUUUAGACCCAAUUUUGUAUUUUACUAGUUUAGAGGAAAUUUGAAAUCAAUGAAAAUUAUUGAAAUAGAGAAACUGGUAUUUGACCAUCUUAUAUUCCAUUGUGAACAAAUUUACUUAUAUUGGUGUGACACCAUUGCAAUAUUAGCUGGC